GGAACGGGAAGAAGAUGCCGCUGCUUUUUACGGGCUUCAACGCAUUUGGCCAGCAUGAAUGUGUAAGCGGGAACGUCGACUGCAACGCUGGCUUCAACGAAAUAAAUACGCCAGUCUCGACUCAGAACGAGUGCACGAUUUCGAUCGGCUGGCGGUAUGCGGCCCUCGCUUUCGGCCGGAAGUUGUAUCUGCGUGGCCUCUUGGAUGAUAGCCCAAAUGAGUGCGUGACCCUUGAAGCAACGGGGGACAUUAAAUCCCUAGCCGCAAGCGAUUCCCACUGUCUAGUGCUGCUCGACAGCGGUCGGCUAUAUAGAGUGCAACCUAAAUUGCAAGCGGAACUAUUAGCUGUUAGACUAGAAGCUCCACCCCGAACCCAUUUGGGAACAAAGCGCUCCAUCUUUGGGGCUCCCAAGGCACCGCCAUUGCCAAUCAUAGAACAUAUUGCCUGCGGAUCGCAUAUAAACGUAGCUAUAAGCUCGGAAAACUCCGUGUACAGCAUUCCCAGCUGCCUGCAUCAGUUUGCCGAACGUCAAUUUCGGGUGAAGCAGCUCCAAUGUGGCCAUGAACAUGCCGUGCUGCUCAAUGUCAACGGUGACGUAUUUACCUGGGGAAACGGACUUCGUGGACAGUUGGGUCAGGCGGUACUUAAACUGGAGGAGACGCCACAAUUGUUGGAGGCGCUGGCGGGGAUUAAGAUAACUCAAAUCGCUGCCGGUGGUUGGCAUAGUGCGGCCAUAUCCGCCUUCGGAGACCUCUACACCUGGGGUCUAAACGGCAGCGGUCAGCUGGGUAUACGUGUGAUGAAACCUGGAGGUUUCCUAAAAGAGCCCACUGUAUAUCCGCUGCCCCAGUUGCAAGAUCUGCCCGAAUGCGGUUGCUCGCAAGGGAUGGAGGCGGAGGUGGAAGAGAAAUCCAACGAUGACUGUGCACCGCUUAGGGUGUUCGCUGGCUCGCGUCACACUCUGCUGAUCCGCCAGUGCGGGCGUGUAUGGGCCAGUGGUUGGUGUAAACACGGUCAGUUGGGCAAGCAGCUCCAAAACCUGUCUUAUGUGGAUGAAUUUCAAGCCUGGAAUGGUAUCAUAAUGAACACAGCUUCGGAUGAUGUCAUCUGCGGUCCUUGGUCAACGGUGCUACGACAGAAGCGAUCAGGAGGUUAAGAAUUUGUAUCUUUUUUGUACGAGCUGUGAGUUUUCUAUGAUUUUUUUUAUAGAAUUUACCAUUUAUUUUAGCAUAUUUAUAAUAUAUUCUAAAAAAAUGUCUUCUUCAUUAACGUUAUAUUUUACAAGUAGGUUGAAAGGUCUUUAAAAAUCUGUUAAAAAACAAUUUUGAAAAACUUACAAAUUUUAAAAGCUUAUUGGUCUUUAGGAUAGCAAAGACACCCACCACUUUACUUUACGCUGGCAUACUUUUCGGUGCAUUAUGUAAAAUAGAAAUGUCUAUUUGUAGAGAAUAUGUAAGUUUUCAUCUGUAUCUAAAUUGUAAAUGAAUUAAAUUGAAAUACAAUUUAAGACACGA